AUCGCCAAGGGCGUCGCGCUGGGCUUCGCGGCGCUCAUCGCCGCGCCCGUCGCCGGCGCCUACGGGUCCCAGGACGACGGCGACGACGACGGCGGGCCCGGCGCCGUCGCGGACGCGUCCGCGCCGGCGACGCAGGAGUCCAAGGCCCUGGCGAAGAAGAAGAUGCUGCGCGGCGUCGCCGCGGGCGUCGGCGCGGGCCUGUGCGGCGCGCUGCUGCUGCCGCUCACGGGCGUCGUCGUCGGCGUCGGCCAGAUCUGUCGCGGAUGCUGGAACACGCCGUCCGCGCUCUACCACGCGGCCGUCGGCGACCUCGAGUGGGACAAGGAGAGCCGGGAAUGGAAGGAACGCGAGGCUUAUGUAUUGUCCGCCGAGGCCGAGGUCGUGCGCCGCGAGGCCGCGUCGGAGGGUCUGGACGUGCCCGCGUCGCUCCUCACCGACGGCGCCGGCGGCGCCGCGCCGCCCCUCGCCGCGGCGACGGCGGCGCCGAAGCGGAAGAAGCGCGUCGCGAGCCUGGAGUACUACGACCUGCUGGAGAUCCAGCCCGACGCCUCGCCGGCCCAGGUGAAGAAGGCCUAUUAUAAAGUCGCGCGGGGCUGCCACCCGGACAAGUGCGGCGACGACCCGACGGCCCACGCCAAGUUCCAGGCCGUGAGCCACGCCUACCAGGUGCUGAGCGACCCGCAAUUGCGCGCGGCCUACGACCGCGACGGCGCGUCCGCGACGGCCGAGGUCGGGUUUCAAUACGACGCUGCGGUCUUCUUCGCGGCGCUCUUCGGCUCCCAGCGCUUCGAGGCCUACGUGGGCGAGCUCGCCCUGGCGCAGAUCUCGUCGACGCUGACGAAGCGCGGCGGCGCCGCCGAGGCGGCGUCCAAGGCCAUCGUGCGGGGCCAGCACGGCGUCAAGCAGCGCGGCCGCGAGGUGGGCCUGGCGACGACCCUCGCCGCGGCCCUCGAGCCCUUCGUGAGGGGCGACGCGGCCGCGUUCGAGGCGUGGUGCGCGGCCGAGGCGGGAGAAUUAGCCGUCGCGGACGGCGACGAGGCGCUGACCAAGGGCGCCCUCAUCCUCGCGCUCGCGCGGGGCUACGGCCUCGCCGCCGACGAGUGGCUCGGGCGCCACGACGGCGUCCUGGGCAUCGCGGGCGUCGUCUCGUCCUACAAGAACGACGCGUUCAAGAAUUUGGCGUACGCGAACGCGGCGCGCGCGGGCGCCCAGGGCCUCUACGCGGCGAAGAAGCUGAGCGAGCUCGUGCCCGUCGACAAGGAGGCGGCCCACAUCGAGGAGGCCUACAAGGCGUCCAUGCCCAUCUUCCUCGAGGCCAUGCUCCGCGUGUCCCUCGUCGACGUCCACGAGACCGUGCGCAACGUCUGCGCCAAGGUCCUCGCGGACGAGGCGUUGGAUCUGGAGGGCCGCAGGAAGCGCGCGCGGGGGCUCAAGCUCUUCAGCGCCGCGCUCUUCGCCGCGAAGCGCGACAGCGACCGACGAGCGAAGAGCCGGCCCAAGCCACCGGCCGACGCCGCCGCGGCGACCGGCGACGAGGGCGAGGCCAAGGACGAGUCCGCGCGCCGCAUCGAGCACGCGGUCAACGUCACGAUGGCCGCGGCCAUGGGCCAGGAGCUCUCCGAGGACCACGGCAAGCACAUGCCGCCCCCGGGCGGGGACGCGUUCUAAGGGGUGUCCGUCGUC